UACACUGAAAAUAUUAAUUAUAUAAACCUGUUGUCCUUUUCACAACUACAUUGGAUCACAUGGUCACCUGCCUCAUGGAAAUGCCUUUUUUAAAACUUAGAUUUGCAGAACUCCACUAUUUUUAUACCUAGCUACAGUUUUAGGGGGGAAAAAAAAGGAAUCAGGACCCUGACCCUCUCGCAGUCACUGGGACAGUUCCCCUUCCCGCAUGUAUUGCUGCAGUGCCCAGGACAGUAAAAUGGACUACAAGCGGCGCUUCCUGCUUGGCGGGUCCAAGCAGAAGGUGCAGCAGCACCAGCAGUACCCAAUGCCUGAGCUCGGCCGAGCACUGAGUGCUCCCCUGGCAUCUACGGCCACCACCGCCCCCCUGGGCAGUCUGACUGCUGCAGGCAGCUGCCACCAUGCCAUGCCCCACUCCACUCCCAUUGCUGACAUCCAGCAGGGCAUCUCCAAAUACCUGGACGCCCUCAACGUCUUCUGCCGUGCCAGUACUUUCCUCACAGAUCUCUUCAGCACUGUGUUCAGGAACUCUCACUAUUCCAAGGCAGCCAUGCAACUCAAAGAUGUGCAGGAGCACGUCAUGGAAGCAGCCAGUCGGCUGACUUCAGCCAUAAAGCCCGAGAUCGCCAAGAUGCUGAUGGAACUUAGUGCCGGCGCUGCAAACUUUACAGAUCAGAAGGAAUUCAGUCUCCAGGACAUUGAGGUGUUGGGGCGAUGCUUCUUGACAGUGGUGCAGGUCCAUUUCCAGUUUCUGACCCAGGCGUUACAGAAGGUCCAGCCAGUGGCUCACUCUUGCUUUGCCGAGGUUGUUGUGCCAGAAAAAAAGAACAGCACCAGUGGCGGCGGCUUAUCUGGCAUGGGCCACACACCAGAACUGGAGGAAGCUGUGCGGUCCUGGCGGGGGGCUGCUGAGGCAACAUCUAGACUAAGAGAAAGAGGCUGUGAUGGCCGCCUGGCAGGAAUUGAAGUUCAACAGCUCUUCUGUUCUCAAAGUGCAGCAAUUCCUGAGCACCAGCUAAAAGAACUGAACAUAAAGAUUGACAGUGCUCUGCAAGCAUAUAAAAUAGCUCUGGAAAGCUUAGGUCACUGUGAAUAUGCAAUGAAAGCCGGUUUCCACCUGAAUCCAAAGGCGAUUGAAGCCAGUUUGCAGGGCUGCUGCAGCGAGGCAGAAGCACAGCAGACGGGGCGGAGGCAGACCCCGCCGCAGCCCAUGCAGUGCGAGCUUCCCACCGUCCCUGUGCAGAUAGGAUCGAACUUCCUGAAGGGUGUCUCCUUCAACGAGUCGGCCGCCGACAAUCUGAAACUUAAGACGCAUACAAUGUUACAGCUGAUCAAGGAGGCAGGCUGCUAUAAUGGAAUCACACCCAGGGACGAUUUUCCUGUGACUGAAGUCCUGAACCAGGUGUGCCCAUCCACGUGGCGGGGUGCCUGCAAGACCGCCGUGCAGCUGCUGUUUGGCCAAGCUGGACUGGUGGUAGUUGAUACGGCGCAGAUUGAAAAUAAAGAAGCCUAUGCCCCGCAAAUCAGUUUAGAAGGCUCCAGAAUUGUGGUUCAAGUCCCAUCCACAUGGUGCCUGAAAGAAGACCCUGCUACCAUGUCCCUGCUGCAGAGAAGCCUCGAUCCCGAGAAGACCCUGGGUCUGGUGGAUGUGCUCUACACGGCUGUGCUGGACCUCACCCGCUGGAGGGCAGGGAGGGAACAAGCUUUACCCUGCAUACAAAUCCAGCUUCAAAGGGAGAUCUGUGAUUUUGGAAAUCAGGCUGACUUGCCUUCUGGGAAUGGAAACAAAUCUUCAGGUGGCCUGCAGAAGACCUUCUCCAAACUGACAUCCCGGUUCACCAAGAAAGCUUCAUGUACCAGCUCUAGCAGCAGCACAAAUUAUUCCAUUCCAAAUACCCCUUCCAAAAAUAUCUUCAUAGCUGGGUGUUCAGAAGAGAAGGCCAAAAUGCCCAGUAAUAUUGAUUCAAGAUUACAAAGCAUUUUGAACAUUGGUAAUUUCCCUAGGACUGCAGACCCUUCACAGUCAGCUCAGAAUUCCAGUAAUCAGAUGGCCAAUGGUUUUCUCAUGGAGAGGCAUGACAACUUCCUGCAAGGGGAUGAUGGCAAGGACGAGAAGGGUAUGAACUUACCAACCGAUCAGGAAAUGCAGGAGGUGAUAGAUUUUCUCUCGGGUUUUAACAUGGGCCAGUCACAUCAGGGCUCCCCACUGGUGACAAGGCGUAAUUCUGCUGCCACAGCCAUGGUGACUGAGCAGAAGGCAGGAGCUAUGCAGCCACAGCAGCCGUCACUGCCAGUGCCCCCUCCACCGCGGCCUCCCCAGGCUAGGGCACACACACCUCUGACACCCCAGCCGGGCCUGGCACCUCAGCAGCAGUCCCCAAAGCAACAACAACCCCAGGUCCAGUACUACCAACACCUGCUCCAACCCGUUGGACCGCAGCAGCCCCUGCCCCAGCAUCGGGCUCCUGGGAAAUGGGUACACGGCUCAUCCCAGCAGCCAACACAGCCCAUUGCAGCUGGUCUGUCUCCCCUUGGCCAGUGGCCUGGCAUAACUGAUCUCAGUUCUGACUUGUACAGCUUGGGUCUGGUGAGCAGUUAUAUGGAUAAUAUGAUGUCGGAGGUUUUGGGACAGAAGCCACAGGGACCUAGAAAUAACACCUGGCCAAACCGUGACCAAAGCGAUGGAGUCUUUGGGAUGUUGGGAGAGAUUCUGCCUUUUGAUCCUGCAGUGGGUUCAGACCCCGAGUUUGCACGCUAUGUGGCAGGAGUGAGCCAAGCAAUACAGCAGAAGCGGCAAGUCCAACACGGUCGCCGCCCCGGCAACCCCCGGGGCCAUUGGCCACCCAUGGAUGAUGCCCAUCGGACCUGGCCUUUCCCAGAGUUCUUUGCAGAAGGGGAUGGCCUGCACAGCGGCUGGUCGGGUGCUCAGGGAGACUCGGCCAGCUCGAGUGACGAGACAUCCUCCGCCAAUGGGGACAGCUUGUUCUCCAUGUUUUCAGGGCCUGACCUCGUUGCUGCUGUCAAGCAGAGAAGGAAGCACAGCAGUGGAGAGCAGGAGACCAGCACGCUGCCCUCACCGCCUCUUCUUACCACAGUGGAGGACGUGAACCAGGAUAACAAAACCAAAACGUGGCCACCCAAAGCCCCCUGGCAACACCCUUCCCCGCUGCCCAGCACCCUGCCUGGCCCAAGUGCACCACUCUAUGCAGUCGCCAGCCCUGGCAGCCAGUGGAAUGACACCAUGCAGAUGCUGCAGUCCCCAGUGUGGGCCGCCACCAGCGACUGCAGCGCCGCCUCCUUCACCUACGUGCAGACCCCGCCGCAGCCCGCACCCCCACCAGCACACAAGGCAGCGCCCAAGGGCUUCAAGGCCUUCCCCGGGAAGGCUGAGCGCAGGCCGGCCUACUUGCCCCAGUACUGACCCAGGACAAGCCUGCCUGCCUGCUCAGAGCUGUUGGGGCCAGUGUCCCCACCCCAGGGCUGACUAGCUGGCACCAGCCCCCCAGAGGACCAGUGCACCCCUGUCCCAGGCAGGGAUCCUUGGGGAUGGGGGUGGUUGGCAACUCCAAGCCUUUAAGGCCUGGCUUCUCCAAAGUUUGGAGGCAUCAGACGCCUGGAGGGCCAGCUGAAGAUGGAGUUUUCUGACCCUCCUCAGGGAGAUGCUGGGGGGUCUUCGAGUUUAAUAAGCACCUCUGGUGAUUCUGAUGCAGGUGGGCCACAGGCCACACUUUGAGAAACACAGCUCUCUUAAGUUUGUAGUCCCACUGUGUGUGUUGGGAAGGCAUCAGGCCUGAAGGCUGAGAGCAAAACUGACCAUUCUUCUGAAACCCUCCCCUUCCCCCUCCUUAACACAUCGAGUGAUGACCACACACCAAUCACUGUAUUUUAUAGCUAUUUUUCAUAUAGGUUUUUAGUUAAAACAUCUCCUGCCUAAAAUGCAUUGAAUAUUUUAAGAUAACAAAUAGAGUGGCUGGAGGUUUGUUCAACACUAUCUUUAUUUAAGCUUAUACGAACUGGGCAAAGUAUAGAAUAUUUGUGAUCAGAAGCAAUCACCUGGGUUUUCUGUAGGUGGACAGCCCCUUGCCACCUCACAGCAGCACCCAGGGGUGCAGCCUCUACCGGAUUUACAAAAGCAGGAUCAUAAAGCAUGUUGGAGGCACAGCCCUGAUGGUGCGUGGAGAUGAGCCAGCUGGUUGCUGUCCGGUGCGGGAUGAAGCUACGCCUUCGGCCCUCAGGUCCUUCCACACGUGGCCAGAGGCUUCGACACAGUCUCAAAACGUGAAGGUGUGGUCAGGGGCUGCAGAGAGACACUUGAAAUUGCAGUAACAUUGUGAGCUGGCUCAAGACAAACCAAUUAGGAUGUAGAUAGGAAUUAAUUUAAAAGUUUUUUCUUUAAAAAAAAAAAAAAAAACCUCAUUUUCAGUUAACGUGCUAUUAAAUAGAUACCAUCCUGUGGAUUUAGGGAUAUUUUUCCAGCCAGAAUGGAUCCAGAAGAAUUGAAUGGUGCUUAAAUUGAGAAAUAAUAAAUAUCUAUAUAGACUAGGCAUACCCCACUGUAUAUUAAUUGAAGUUACAGAAGUUCUUUAUAUAAAACUUAUUUAAAUUUUUCAUAUUUCAUCUUUGAAAAAGUCUAAUUGAGAAAAAUCCAUAAUAUUUUCUGGUAUGAAAGUUUGA